UGCGCUCACGCGUCCCGGAAGUGAAGGUGUAGCUGGAAAGAGUUUGGAAACAAACUGGCGAUCAAAUGAGCUCAUGUCCAUCGUUUGACGGACAGAUCGCAUUUUGACAGAUCGGUGAUUGACAAGCAGUGUGAUGAGGAGGAUGAUGAUGAUGAAUCUGUUCGGUUUUAUGCUUUUAAUACUGACGGUGUCGGAAAGCAGCGCGAGGAUCCAUCAGCUCAAACUGCAGAAUGAGACGCGGUUUAUUGUCCAUUUAAACACCUUUGGUUAUUUUGCUAACGGCUUUCUGGAAGUCCAGCUGCUUUCUCUGAACCUUCCCCUGGAAAACAGCGACUCUGGCGACAAAGUGGGCUUCAGUUUGACACGGACCCGAGUGAACGGACUCCUGUCCUACACAGCUGAGGAGGUGGAGGAGUGCAGACUGACCAAGACCAAGAGUGAAGAUGAGCUCAUACUCUUCAUCGACACCAAGAACCUGAAGGUGAACGUCAAACACUUAGUUGAUUCUGACAUCCGGCUGGAGCCCCUGACCACAGGUGGAGAGAAAGCACGGAGGAGAAGAGCAGAUCCAGUCAGCAAAGAUGAGAAAGUAGAAACUGAAGAUGCCGAACAGAAGGAAACUGCGGAGAAAGAGGAGAUCAAAGGCAUCGCUCCGCUCAGCAGCAUCGCCAACAAGCAGGUGGAGAGUGUGAACACGUCAACACUGGAGCUGCAGCAGCAGGGGGAGUCCUACCACUUCAGCGUGAGGAACACACACACACACACAUCAAACAAAGACUACACAUACAUGCGUACAACACACAUUGAGCAAAGACCACACACACACACAUCAAACAAAGACUACAGACACACAACAAACACUACACACACAUACACACAACACACAUACAUGGAACAAAGACUACAUUCUCACACAUACACUUUCUUGAACAUACACACACUUAUUUAACCACACGCGCUACGAACACACUUAU